AUGGUGGCAUCAAAGCUCCCCUUUGAACUCAAAAACGCAUCUCUCUUCAAGGAACAGUCACUUGUCAAUGGAAAGUUCGUAGAAGCUAAAUCUGGCAAGCGAUUUGAUGUUGUUGAUCCCGGAAGUGGAAAGGUCUGGGCUUCGGCACCUGACAACAACGCUGAGGAUGUUGAUGUCGCUGUAAAUGCGGCACAUGCAGCCUUCCAGAGCUACAAAAAAACCAAUCCUCGCACCCGUGCUCAGUGGCUCCUGAAGUGGGAUGCCUUGAUCCGCGAAAACAGAGAUGACAUUGCCAACAUUGUUACUUAUGAGACUGGAAAACCUCUCGCCGAGUCUCAAGGCGAGCUUGACUAUGCUUUGGGAUUCACUUGGUGGUUUGCUGGGGAAGCCGAGAGAGUUACAGGAACCAUUCAAACCCCCGCUAUUCCUGGAAGAAGGGUAUUUACGGUCAAGCAACCGAUUGGCGUUGCCGCUGCAUUGGUACCUUGGAACUUCCCAAUUGCUAUGGUUUUGAGAAAAGCCAGUGCUGCCCUCGCUGCUGGUUGUACCAUGAUCGUGAAGCCAAGCCCAGAAACUCCACUUUCUGUGCUUGCUCUAGGAUAUCUGGCUGAGCAAGCCGGCUUCCCUGAGGGAGUUUUUUCAGUUCUGACCACGAGCUUGGAAAAUACUCCACCGUUAAGUGAAGCUCUUUGCCGACACCCGUUGGUGAAGAAGGUUACAUUUACUGGAUCUACCAGAGUCGGAAAGUUAGUUGCAAAGCUGUGCUCAGAUGGCUUGAAGAAGGUCACACUUGAAUUAGGCGGCAACUGUCCAUUUUUGGUCUUCGAUGAUGCGGACCUAAAUCAGGCAUCCGAUGCCCUCAUGCUUUUAAAGUGGCGACACGCUGGUCAAGCAUGUAUCACUGCGAACCGGGUAUAUGUGCAAGCCGGGGUCUACGACAAGUUUGCAGCUAUCUUGAAAGAGAAGACGUCCAAGCUUGUCGUCGGCCAUGGGGCUGAAAAGGGCACAACAAUGGGACCUGUCACCACCCCUCGAAGUCUCGACAAGGCUCUCAACCAAGUCGAGGACGCGAAGAAAAACGGAGGUCAAAUCGUACUUGGUGGAGGGAAGGUGACCGGCAAAGGCGGAUACUUCUUUGAGCCUACGAUCAUCUUGGGGGCAAAGAAGGAGAUGCUGAUUACAGAGGAAGAGACUUUCGCUCCUGUGAUCGCUUUGUACUCGUUCGAGACUGAGGAGGAAGCUGUUUCGGCUGCAAAUAAUACCAGCAUGGGCUUAGCCUCGUACUUCUUCACAAAGAACAUCGACAGGACCUGGCGAUUGUUGGAGAACCUCGAAGCAGGCAUGAUCGGGAUGAAUACGGGCAAUUCAUCGGCUGCCGAAAGUCCAUUUGGUGGUAUAAAGGAAUCGGGGUACGGCAAAGAGUCUGGUAAAGAUGUUGCUAUUAACGAGUAUCUGAUUACGAAAACUGGUACUUUAACGCUGGAUGGCCAUUUCUAA